AUGAGACGCUGUGGGGUGGCUGUCCCGCGUCCUCGAACGGGUUAUACUCUCCCGCCCGUGCCGUGAGCGAGGUGGGCCUCUCCCCGCAUAGCCCGCACCCAUGGAGCUUUCCUACCAGACGCUGAAGACCACCCACCAGGCCAAGGAGGCGGAUGAGAUGCGGACAGAAGCUCGUCGAAAAAAUCUUCUCAUUCUAAUUUUCCAUUAUUUAACAGAGGAAGGGUAUGUUGAUGCUGCAAAUGCUUUGGAACAAGAAACCCAAUUAGCUAUACGCCGCUUUGAAGUUUGUGACAACAUUGAUCUUGAGACUAUUUUGAUGGAAUAUGAAAGCUAUUACUAUGUAAAAUUCCAAAAAUACCCUAAAAUUACCAAAAAGGCCCUAGACACUGCAGAAAAUAAACAGCAACCAAGAAAUGGAGGAAAACCAAGAAGGACGGCAAGUAGCUCUUCUCAUAAUCUUCCUAGGAUCAACCAGCAUCAAACUAUGCAGCGGCCAUUAUCAAAAACCUCAUCUGGGAGGACAACAGAGCCUAAACCAUCUAGCAAGGACAGCCCCAAACAGGAGAAUGACAAUACAGUUACUCGGGAGCAAGCUGAUUUUGGUUUAAAUGUGUCAGCAAUCAACAGAGGUGGUGGAGGAGAAAGCACUCACCCAAGAAGGGGCCAAAUAAUUGACUUCCGUGGGAUGAUCCAAGAUGCUAUCAAAGGCGCAUCAAAUGAAGUAGCCUCCAACAGCCUUAAUUGUGAUCCAGAUCCUUCAGAACGAUUGUUAAAACCUCUGAGUGCUUUUAUUGGCAUGAGUGGUGAGAUGAGAGAACUUGCAACAGUUAUAAGCAGAGACAUUUAUCUUCAUAAUCCAAACAUAAAGUGGGAUGACAUUAUUGGACUUGAUGCAGCCAAGCGGUUAGUCAAGGAAGCAGUUGUGUAUCCUAUAAGGUACCCACAGCUGUUUACAGGGAUUCUCUCCCCUUGGAAAGGAUUAUUACUAUAUGGUCCUCCAGGUACUGGAAAGACUCUGCUUGCUAAGGCUGUUGCCACUGAGUGCAAUACAACUUUCUUCAACAUUUCAGCGUCCACUAUUGUCAGCAAAUGGCGUGGUGAUUCAGAAAAACUUGUCCGGGUGUUAUUUGAACUUGCCCGAUAUCAUGCUCCCUCCACAAUUUUCUUGGAUGAGCUGGAGUCGGUAAUGAGUCAGAGAGGCAAUCAUCCUGGUGGUGAACACGAAGGAAGUCGGCGGAUGAAAACAGAAUUAUUGGUGCAGAUGGAUGGCUUGGCCCGAUCUGAUGAUCUUGUAUUUGUUUUAGCAGCUUCCAAUCUGCCAUGGGAAUUAGAUUAUGCCAUGUUGCGACGGCUGGAGAAGAGGAUUUUGGUUGACCUUCCAAAUAAAGAGGCCCGACAGGCUAUGAUUCAGCACUGGCUGCCCCCAGUGAGCAACAGUGGAGGAGUGGAGCUGAGAACGGAGCUGGAGUACAGCUUGCUGGGUCAGGAGACAGAAGGAUACUCUGGCUCUGACGUUAAACUGGUCUGCAAGGAAGCAGCUAUGCGGCCAGUGAGGAAAAUCUUCAGUGCUCUUGAAAAUCAUCAGCCAGGUAGCAGUAAUUUACCCGAACUCCGGCUGGACACGGUCACAACAGCAGAUUUCCUGGAUGUGAUCGCUCACACCAAGCCAUCAGCCAAGAAUUUAAGUCAGAAGUACAUAGCCUGGCAGAGAGAUUUUGAAUCUGUUUGAAAUCAGAUACCCACUAUCCAAAAUGGCAUCUGCGAUUGGGGUUCAGCUACAGAUAGAGGGAGUGAACGAUGAUGGAAAAGGAAUUACUUUUUUUUUCCUUCAGAAAACUGAAUAAGAGAAUCUGUACUUCCAAAUCUGCCAGGUGCAUUUUUAAUUUACCAUGUUCAAUGACAAUUAGAAAUUGUUGUUCUUCAUGGAAAAGUAAUGUCUACAGUGACUAUGCAAUGAAGAUUCUAGCACUAAUUUUAUGCAUAAAGCCUUAUAAAUUGA